AUGUCUGAUAUUGGAAAAUUAACCAUGGACGACACUUAUUUCUUUUGCUGUGACAUGCAAGAAAAAUUUCGUGGAGUCAUUUCACAGUUUAAAGAAAUUGUUGUCGUUGUUGAUAGAUUGCUUAAAGCAGCCAAAAUUCUUAAUAUUCCUGUGGUCGUAACGGAACAGACUAAGUUCUCUAUGGUCGUGCCGGAAGUGUACGAGAAGAUCAGCACGACUAAUAGGAAAUCAAUUGUUUUAUUUGGCAUUGAGGCGCACGUCUGUGUACUACAAACUGCUUUGGAUUUACGUCAGAAAGGGUAUAAUGUUUAUGUCAUAGCUGACGCUAUAUCUUCACGUAGCAGGGUGGACAGAUUAUUUGCAAUUGAGCGCAUGCGGCAAUCCGGCAUUUUCAUCACGACUUACGAAUCGGUGUUGCUCGGUUUAAUUGGAGAUUCAAAGAAUGCAAAAUUUAAAGAUAUUCAGAAACUAAUUUUGGAACUUCCUCCUGAUUCCAAAUUGCUUUAA